CUCUCUCUCUCACUAUCACUCUCAAUGGAGGGUAUCUUGGAAGCAAAUGAAACAAGGGAGGCUGUUUCUUGAAAGCUUCAGCUGGCUCUUACAGAGUCGAUCGCUGGUAGCUUUGCAGCGACCGUACGUGACAAGGCCGGAUGGGGAGAUCAGCUCUUGUGAGGGUGCUGGAUUGUUUGUCGCUCGCGGUCUCCCCGGGUUCUUGUGUUUGCAUGAACACUUGGGAGGAGGAAGAGGAGGAUGGCUUCGAGGAGAAGUCACUGAUCAAAAGCCAUGUGGAGCAGGUUUUGAAGAUCAAAGACGUUCUUGACGGGGGGAAGACGACGCUGGCUUUUCAUCUGGAGCCCAAGACCGUAGUGCUGAGGGUGUCGAUGCACUGCAAUGGUUGCGCGAGAAAGGUUGAGAAGCACAUAUCGAAGAUGGAAGGAGUGACCUCCUUCCAAGUGGACUUGGCGAACAAGAAGGUGGUGGUGGUGGGAGACAUCACUCCCUUCGAAGUCCUGAAAAGCGUGUCAAAGGUCAAGUUUGCAGAGCUGUGGCUGACCUGAACACGGUCAUCAAAAUCCAGCAAGAUAUUUGGCCUAAGAUCUUCUCUACAUUUUCCUUUUUCCUCUUCAUUUUGCACUGUAUGUGGGGGGAAAAGCACCGAAAGAGCUAAAGACAUGGUGGUGGGUGUUGUCAUCGUCGUUGGUGAUGAUUCUUGGCUAUGAAAACAUGGUUUCAUGGUUCAAUCAAUGCUGAAGGAUUGGCAAUGGCAGCAAAAGUCCAUCCAUGUCGACCACAUGUUCACAGCCGCUGGGGGCCAAAGCAUGUGGUUUUGUUUGCAGAGUCGAACGAGAGCGAGGGUGGGUGGCUCUAAGUGGGACAGUACCGCAGUGCUGUGUGCUAAGCUGGUUGUUCAUCUUAUCCCAUCACCCCCAUUGGGAUCUUGUCAGAAUCCACCCAUCGCAGAUCAUGCUAAGUUGGGUAAACGUCUCUAACGCAGCAAAUCUACUGAUGGUUUUUGCCAGAUAUAAUUAUCGAUAUCGGAUCAUAUGUCAAUCCGAUCAUGUUUUGGAUCACGGAUCUAACUGGUUGA